CUACAGUAUACAAAGUUGACUUGAACUGAAAACGAAUCAGAGCGGUUUAAGGUGGUAGAAAAAAAUAUUACGAAAAGCUGACGUGUUUUGCAAAUUUUUUCGCAAUACGCGAAGUGUUUGUAUAAAGGUGAACGAUCCACCGGUAUUCAGACCAAGACGACGGGACGCUGCUAUUAUUGGAAUUUCCAAAUAUAGAAAAUGAACGAAACGAAUAAUAAUUCAUCAAUAGAUAAUCCUGACGACGUAGUUAUUUCUGGGAUUUCGGGCACAUUUCCAAAAAGUGAAAAUGUCGAAGAAUUCAAGGAAAAUUUACUAGCAGGAAAUGAUAUGAUUGGUCCAGUUACGAGAUUCGAUUCAAAAAAUUUGAUGGCCGGCGCAAUAGACAAUUUCAAUCGAUUCGACUACUCUUUUUUUCGACUCACGAGCAGUCAAGCUCAAAGCAUGACUUAUUCUUCAAGAAUGCUACUUGAGAAAAGUUUCGAAGCUAUUUUGGAUUCAGGCUACAAUCCUCGAGAAAUAAAGGGUAAAAAUAUCGCGGUUAUUGUUGCCGUAUGGGAUUUACAUAACGAAGGAGACCCAGCAAUGCUGAGAAAUCCGGAUACUUUUAACGAACUGUUCGGCAGAUUGGAAUUUAUGCUGAGCAACAGGAUUUCAAGUGCUUUGGAUAUUCAUGGGCCCAGUUAUAUCGUCAACACAGCUUGCUCAUCAUCUUUAUACGCUAUUGACGGCGCUAUUAGAGCCAUUCAAAGAGGACAAUGCGAAGGAGCGAUCGUAUGCGCAUCAAAUUUCUGUUUAAAAUUGGAGAAAAAUUCUGUAAUAAAUCCAUACCUCAGUGCUUCGGGGAAAAGCUCGCCUUUUGAUGUCAACGCCGAUGGUUACGUCAGAGCUGACGCAGUGGCUGCAAUUUUUCUACAAAAAAGAAAAUGCGCUCGAAGAGUAUACGCAAAUGCUAUUCAUACAUCCAUCAACAGUGAAGGAUUCAAAGAAGAGGGAGUUAGGUCUCCCUCGUCCAAACAGCAAAUAAAGUUGUACGAACAAUGUUACAAAGAAAUUAACAUGGAUCCGAAAAAAAUAUCAUACAUUGAAGCUCAUGGUACCGGUACACAGGCAGGAGAUAUAGCGGAAGGAAUCUCAAUCGAAGAGUUUUUCUACACAGCAAGUAACCGUGAAACUCCUCUGAAAAUAGGAUCAGUGAAAUCAAACAUGGGUCAUACUGAAGCAGCAGCAGGUAUAUGUGGUUUAAUCAAAAUGAUCAUCGCUUUUGAAUCAGGAAUCAUUCCAGCAAAUUUACGAUAUAACACACCGAAUCCAAAAAUUAAAGGCUUAAUCAACGGGCAUCUCGAGGUCAUUUCAAAACCAACCCCUUUGGAAGGUGAAUAUUUCGCAAUGAAUUCUUAUGGAAUUGGCGGAUCCAAUGGUCAUAUGAUCCUGUCUCCUCACAAAAAAAUUAAAAAUAAGAACCACCUGAUAAAUGAGGAAAUAUCGUUCUUAGUCACUGCGUCUGGUAGGACUGAGGAAGCUGUGGAUUGUAUUUUAAAUAAUGCAGAGAAAAAUAAAAACGACCCAGAAUACAUUCGAUUAUUACAUGAAAUUUUCAAAUACCAAAUCGGUGGUCAUCUAUACAGAGGCUAUACCCUUAUAAAAAAAAAUAAACCUCCAAAGACUUCCAAAAAGUUUUUUGCAGGCGAAAAUCGACCAAUAUGGUUCGUUUUUGCUGGUAUCGGAUCGCAAUGGACCGGAAUGGGGAAAUCAUUGAUGAACAUUCCAAUUUUGGCCGAAUCUAUUCGAAAAAGUCACCAAUUUUUGAAAUCAAAAGGAUUGGACUUGAUAAAAAUUAUCACAGAUGACGAUCCAAAAACACUCGAUAACAUUUUAAAUUCAUUUGUGGGAAUAGCAGCCAUUCAGAUUGCUUCGAUAGAUUUGUUAAAGAAGCUGAAUUUACAACCAGAUGGAAUUGUUGGUCAUUCUCUCGGAGAACUGGGAUGUGCGUAUGUUGAUGGAUGCUUUACAUCUGAACAAAUGCUUUCAGCAGCGUAUUAUCGUGGUUUAGUUUUAUUAGAGACUUCUUUCACACAUGGUACAAUGGUGGCUGUAGGUCAAGGUCAUAAUGCCAUGAAAGAUAUUAUUCCUCCCGAGAUUGAUAUUGCAUGUCACAAUGGUCCUACCAACUGCACCUUGUCAGGUCCUACAGAAAUCGUGCGGAAGUUCAUCGAAGAUUUAAAUGAAAAAAAUAUAUUCAAUCGAGUAGUACAAACUUCGAACAUAGCGUACCACAGUCGUUACAUAAGCUCGUCAAAAUCAAAGUUGAUAUCCUACAUGAAACAAGUGAUUACAGAACCGAAACUUCGGUCUAAGAAAUGGAUAUGUACAUCUGCUCCUGAACAGAACUGGGACAGAGAAGAGGUUAGAUUUUCUUCAGCUGAGUAUUAUGCCAAUAACUUGCUGAAUCCAGUUUAUUUUGAAGAAAGUCAACGUUACAUUCCUGCCAACGCCGUAACCAUUGAAAUAGCACCUCAUGGCCUUCUAAAUGCGAUUUUAAAACACUCAUUACCAACCACUGUAGAUAAUAUACCACUAAUGACGAGGAAUAAUGAGAAUAACGCCGAAUACCUGUUGAAUGCCCUUGGAAGAAUAUACGAAGCGGGCUGUGAGAUGGAACUUAGCUAUUUAUAUCCACCGAUCGAAUUCCCAGUUAGCAAAUCAACUCCAAUGAUAUCUCCGUCGAUAAAAUGGAAUCACGAUCAAGCAGACCAGAUCGAUGAGAUCAAUACAGGUUUUCUUCAAAGUAGUGAAAGAACUUUCGUGAUUUACCCAAAGAGUAAAGAACACGAGUACAUCCAAGGCCACAUUAUUGAUGGUAGAAAUCUGUAUCCUGGCUUCGGAUACUUGUGGUUAGUUAUCGAAACUAUCGCAUCAUUGAGACAAAAACAGAUUUCCGAACUUUCGAUUGUUUUUGAAAAUGUUUGUUUUGAAAGAGCGACGAUAAUUCCCGAAAAAGGCGGUUUAUUUUUCCGUAUUUUGAUUCAUGACCUCAAGAAUCACUUCGAAAUAAAAUGCAACGCAAUUGUGGUAGUGACUGGACAAGUAAGAAUGGUCGAAAAUAUUCGAGAGGAAGUAUUCGAAGUUGAACCAUUUAAAGACGAAAUAUCCAAUUCCCAUAUUUUACCUUUGAGCAAUGACGAUUUCUAUAAAGAGCUCAGAUUAAGAGGGUUUCAUUAUAAAGGAUUAUUCAAAAGCGUUCAAUACGCCAACUGCACUGGUACCUAUGGAGAAAUAUCUUGGAGCGACAAUUUUGUAACUUAUAUGGACGGAAUGGCACAAUUUACUCUGCUAUGCAUGGAUAGUCGCAAUCCUAUGGUUCCUACUUUCAUAAACAAACUUGUCAUCGAUUUCAAAAAACAUUACGAAAUUCUGGAGUCACUGGAUGAGAAAAAUCGAAAAUUUCCCGUCAAUUUCCAUUCAAAUUAUGGUCUAUUAUGUACCGGAGGAAUCCAAAUGAGUGGCUGGAAAACCAACGAAAUUAAUCGUCAAAAGAUUCUAACUGAUACAGUGUUGGAAAAAUGCCAAUUUGUGCCUUACAUAAUCGAGCAAAAAAUGAAUUUAGAUUCGAUAAUCAGAAUUUGUGUCGAAAUGGCUUUGAAAAACACACAAAUAAUGAAAGCGACAACUUACCAAAUACUUGAUGAAAAUUGUGAUCCCGAGAGUGCUCUCAUUUCUGCCGCAGUUGUGCAUGCUUUGAACGAUGUACACUCAAUUGAGGCAAACGUCAAUGUUCUAAUCAAUUCGGAAAAAUUGAGAGAGAUGGAAGAUUUAAAGGAUAUCACCAUAUCAAAUGAAGAGUUACCGAAAAACAAAACCGCCUUAAUAAUUAUCUUGGAAAAUAUUCAAAAUAAAACAGAGCUCAUGGAAUCAAUUUCCGAAGCAUUAAGAGACGACGGUUUCAUCAUCACCAAGGAACCAAUCAAUGAAAGCGUGUCAUUUGAAAAUUUAGGAUUCAGUGUGUGCUUCAAUCGAAUCGUAAAUUAUUCUGAAAAAAUUAUCUUACUCAAAAAAAUCACGAAAUAUAAAACAAUAAAUAAAACAAUCCGAUUAAGAAAUGAUUCCUAUUCCUGGAUAUCUGAGAUCCAAAACGCUCUAUCAACUCUUGAAGUGCAGAAAAACGAAAAACUGAUUGUGUACGCCGAAAAAGAGCCAACAAACGGAAUAUUGGGGUUCUUCAGUUGCCUAAGCAAAGAAGAAAAAGGAACCAAUGUCAGGUGUUUUUUCAUAAUGGAUAGCGAUACGCCUGCUUUUUCACUCGAUGAUCCAUUCUACAAAGUUCAACUGGAUAAGGAUCUACGUUACAAUGUUUACAAAGAUGGGAAAUGGGGAAGUUAUUAUCAUUUGAAGUUGGAUUUAGAAGACCGUGUCGAAUGUAGUCAUGCAUUUAGCGUGUUGGAAGAGCAUGGUAAUCUUUCAUCAUUCAAAUGGAUUGAAGGCCCAUUGGAUCCUCUGACGUACGAAAAUAAUUUGAAUGGGAAAUCUCUCGUUCACGUUUAUUACAGUGGUCUCAAUCUCAAAGACGUUUGGUUAUCAUUGAAAAGAAUUCCUUCGGUGAAUUCAUCCUUACAAAAUCGUUUGAACUUGGAUUACCUAGGAAGUGAAUUUUCUGGUAAAGAUGCAAACGGAGCUCGUUUAAUGGGAAUAGUACCUGGUAAAGGGAUCGCAACACUGGUAGAAGCAAUGCCACAUCUCACCUGGAGAGUACCAUAUAAUAUGACAUUGGAAGAAGCAGCCAGUAUACCGAUUGUUUAUGCAACAGUUAUUUUUGCCUUCUUUUUCAAAAUGAAUUUGAAAAAAGGAUACUCCAUCCUCAUACAUUCUGGGAGUGAUGCAAUUGGCCAAGCAGCACUUAAUAUAUGCCUACAUUACAAAUGUAAUAUUUUUACAACAGUUGACACUCCACAGAAAAAAGAAUUCAUCAAGAGAACAUUUCCUCAAAUUCCAGAGAGCCACAUUGGUAACUCGAGGGACACGUCAUUUGUGAAAAUAAUCAUAGAUCAGACCAAGGGUAGAGGUGUUGAUGUGGUUUUGAAUAGUUUACCACAAGAUAAGCUUCGAGCAUCAUUACGUUGUGUUGCUAAAGGUGGACACUUUUUAGAAAUGGGAACAUUUGAGACGAGCAAAAAUAAUACAUCAGAAAUAGGAGAUUCUUUGAAUGACAUCACGUACCACAGUGUGCAAUUAAACGUUUCAUUAUUCGAUGCUAAAAACGAAACAAUUAUUGGUAUUCGUGAUAAAUUACAAGAAAUGCUUGAUCAAGGGAUCGUCAAACCCAUCAACCGAACGGUUUUUCAAGCCGACGAAAUGGAAUCAGCAUUCAGGUACAUGACCUCCGGAAACCAAAUUGGCAAAUUGGCUAUAAAAAUUCGCGAUGAAGAAAAAUGUGCCAAUGCUAAGCCAACUAUUUUACGUUUGAAAGCAAAACCACGAGUUAGAUGCGAAGAAAAUAAAUCCUACGUUAUUCUAGGAGGAUUAGGCGGAUUGGGAAUGGAGUUGGUUGACUGGUUGGUAACACAGGGUGCUCGAAAUAUCGUACUAAGCUCUCAAACAGGAGUAAAAAAUGGCUACCAAUCGUACAGAAUAAAUUUAUGGAGAUCCUACGGAGCCAACGUGCAAAUAUCUACAGUAGACAUUUCUAAAGAGCUCGCUGUGAAGAAUUUACUCGAAUUGGCCAGCCAAUUAGGGCCAAUAGCUGGAAUAUUUAACCUUACAGCGACAUGGAAGGACGAUCCUUUCUUGAAACAAACCGAAAACACUUUCAAAAUCGUCGCUGAUCCAAAAGCAAUCGCUACUAUUCAUUUGGACAAAUUGAGCAGGAAAAUGUGCCCAAAUUUGGAAUACUUCGUCGUAUUUUCUAGCAUAGUUUGCGGUCAGGGGCAUAUGAAUCAGACCAACUACGGUUUCGCUAAUUCUAUCGCUGAAAAAAUUUGCGAAGCUAGAAAUGCUGAUAAUUUACCAGCUCUAGCAAUACAGUGGGGAGCUAUAGGAGAAGUGGGCAAGGUUUCCAAAAUGCUUGGAAAUGACUUAUCCAUCGAUUUUGGAGGAAUAAUGCAACAAAACGUCAUAUCCUGCAUAGAAACAUUGAACGUAUUCAUGAAACAGCGAAAUCCAAUCGUAUGCAGCAAGAUUACAGCUGACAAACGUAGAAUUGAUGCUGACAUUAUAACAACAGUGGUCAACAUAUUAGGUAUCAAAGAUCUCAAAACAAUGAGUAAUACGUGGACUUUAGCAGAGCUAGGAAUGGAUUCGAUUACCAGAAUGGAACUGAAGAUGAUUCUAGAAGCAGAAUUCAAUAUUUUUCUCACUUCAGAAGAAUUGUUGACGACUACCUUCGCAAAGUUACAUCAGUUAAAAGAGAAAACAGAUCGAAAAUCAAAAUAAUUAUCACACGGAUAUCAGAAAAAAUAUCAUCAAAGAAUAAAAUAAAAUGAAAUUUUUUAAAAGAAAGUUUCUACAGAUUGCUUGGUUGUGAUUUGUUGAAUUAUUCUUUUCGACCCAAAUUGAUGUAUAAUUACGAAAUAAACCUAAGUAUGUAUGAUUGAGAAUUCGAGAAAUAAAGUUUAGAACCUAUA